AAACGCGCCACUAACGCAUGCGCGCCGAACAAGUCUGUUCCGGUAAAACAUCAACAAUUUUGUUGCUAUGCUUUGAGAACUGAAUUUAAAAAUCAAAUUUUACAGCCAUAUCAAUGCAGUUUGCCUCGUCGCUAUAAAGUCAUAUAGAGAUGUCUCGACGACUCAGUCGUCCGUCUUCAGCUGCAUCACACAGAAGCAGUGGAUCAUCCGGCUACGACUCAGAAUUCAAAACAGAAUGUAAAGCAGCCUACCUGUCUAUCUACGAUGACCUCAAGGAUGUCAUCUCUUCUGAAUAUGAUCUGUCUGCAGUUCUGCAGCAGUCUGGAAGAAAUCCCACCAAAAAGACACUAGCAAAGUACUGGACAGAUGACACAGAUUAUCUCACAUUUGAUGAUUUUGUCAACAUCUGUCGCCGUGAACAUGCCACAACUACAGAUGACUUGAUGAAAGCUUUCCGCAAGAUUGACAUCAACGGAGAUGGUUAUAUAUCCCUGGAUGAGUUGUUCAGGAUGUUGACAACAAGAGGUGAAAAGAUGACGCGAGAUGAGGUGCAGCGUAUGAUUGACGAGGUUGAUGAGAACAGAGAUGGCAGGCUGGACUAUGAAGAGAGAAAACUCUACUAUUCUGAGUUCUGCAACAUGAUGAUGUCCACAGCAGAUGAAUGUAAGAAGAUGUCAUUAAAGAUGAUGGACAAGAAAGAGAGAAAGAAGAGACGGACGAGUAAUACUCCAAGGAGAGGUGAUGACGAAAAUAUUCAUGGGUCAAGGACGUCCCUGAGGUCAAACUCGUCAGUAAAACCCCCUACAGUGAAAGCUGACUCACAGUUGUCUGUGAGGUCCAGCAGAGCAAGCAGAUGUAACUACGAUGAAAUUGAGGAGGAUAUACAGGACGACCUUGACAUUAAAGAAGACAUCAUGCUCAGUUCAAGGUCAUCUGUGACUAGGUCACCUCGUAAAUUGCAACCACAAGAGAAACCCGGAUCUCUUCUGUCGUUAAGAUCCAAUCGUAAUCCACACACAGAGGAAGCUGAAGGUCAAGGACUGUCACAUUCACUGCGUUCAGUUGGCCGAACUGGAUCAAAGUCAUCAUUAAUUAGCAUUGAUGACAUGCCCAAGCCCUCUCCCAGGGUGAAGAAAGACAAGGUCCGAACUCCAGUUGGGUCCAGGAGUGCCAAGGUGUCUGAACCCUCCAACCUCAGGGACUGGACCCACACCAGCUCCAAGGGCUGCUUCUUUAUUGAUGCUGAUGAAGGAGGUCAAAUAAUCAGUCACCAGUACACACUGGAUCUGGCAGACGACACCAAUGUCUUCAUCACCAUGCAACCAAACAGGAUUGGAGAUGCUGGCUUCACUGAUGAUGGCCCUGUGGACACUGCCGUCUACGUCCUGCGUGAAGGCAGCAGCAGCCACAAAGUGGUCACCUUUACAGAACAGCGAGACAGCAAGGGGAGAUACUGUGUGCGGUGUGACCUACCUGCAGGGAAAUACAAGCUGGUUCCUUUCACAACUGGCUGCCGACUUUAUGAGCGCAGCUCUGGCAGGGAGACGAAGGAGGUGAAGCUCAUCAAACAGGACAAGGACGAUAAGAUUGUGCUCUCUAAGCAAUUCAAGAAAGCCCUGGAGGAUAUAUUUGACAUGGCUGACUUGGACGGGAAUGGUCUGUUGAGUCGAGAGGACUUCAACUGGUACAACAUCCGCACCAGCGGAGAAGAAGUCGCUGAUGAUGAGUGGGAUGUGGUUGAGGGCAACAUAGAACUGGAAAGAGGCGAGAUCACAAAGACUGGAUUCAUCCACCUCAACCAGAUGGAAGCUGAAGACAAUGAUGGAGACACAGAUGACCUCUGGGUUACUCUGACCAGCAUGGGCUUCAAUAAGAGUCUUGUGUUAACGCAGGCCUGUCCCUUCAAGCUGGACGUCUACACUGAGGACUGUCGUGAUGCCAGUCUGGAGGUGGUGGGGCUAGAGACCCAGGCUGUGAUGGAGGAUGCAGUCUGUGAUACUGUCAUAGCCAAGAGUGAAGCGUCCAAAGUGAAGGGCAUGAAAGACCUCAGCGUCUAUACUUACAUAGGUGAUGCCAGAGCAACAGUCCUUGUGGAGAACCAAUCUUACAGCAAGAUUAGGAUCCAACUGGACUGCAGUAGAAGUAAGAAUGUCGUCAGCAACCAGCGAGACCUGAACUACACUCUGACCGUGCCAUCCAACACGACUAUGAUCGGUCACCACUUGAUACCACGAGACGAGAAGGCAGAAUGGAUUGUCCGCUGUCAGGAGAUCAUUAUCAGAUAAUAUGACACUGCCUACAAAUGGAGCAUGUGUGUGACAGUGUUUAAAAUUAAGCAUGGAAGUCAAGGGCCCUUUUAGUAACACAGAUGUCAUAAUAAAAGUACGAAGAUCCCCAGAUUCUGACGCAGCAGCAGCAAACAUCAAGGACCCUUGACCCCCUUAAUUUGGAUCACUGUUUACUGAUACAGCAUUCACACCACACACCACAUUGUGUUUUUGUGACUCUAAAUAUCAUAAAUGAGGCCGCAUUUAACCAUUUAUUAGAUUUUAUCCAUAUUUUCUGUAAAUCCUAAGGAGACUUUUCAUUGUUUAUGUAUUUUUGUUGGGGACAAACAAGGCAUCUUAUGUACGAUUACUGUGGACUGAUGUUAGUAGAUGAAACUUUAAUGUUGUGUUCACAUAUUGUGUACUUCAUCAAGUAAAGAAAUGAAGGAACACACAGUGCUUUUCUUUGUGAUUACUUAGAAACAAUAAAAGAUGUGGGUGGGGUGUUUGAUUAUGGGGUGGAUGAGGGCAAAAAUUCAGUAAUUAAUUUAUUUGGAACCAAUAACAGAUGUGGGUGGGGUGUUUGAUGGUGGGAUGAAUGAGAGCAAAAAUUCAGUAAUUAAUUUAUCAUUUUAUGGUGUUCUAAGUUCCAUUGUGUGGGACAGAUUUUUAAAAGAACAACUCUCACUAGAUGCUUGAUUGGCAUUUUAGAAGAUGCUAUUUGAUGAACAUACAGAUUUUUGUGGGUUACAUCUUCUUUUUAUUCAAGAAUAAAAAGAAGAUGUAACCCAGAAAAAAUCUCCAUGUUCAACUCCGUCACUGUUUACUCGACAUCUGCUAAUGAUACAAUCCAGUGUCUGGAUGUGAGGUGACUUCUCUAAAGUGUGGUCUUUGUGAGACACAAAAUCAUAAUCUGGAUGCUAGUACUUAAUUAGGCAGCUCAGAGAUCUGUAGUAACUUAUUGUUUGAAUGUCUGCACAGUAGUGUAUGUUUAGGUGAGCAGCCAGAUAGAAAUCACACAUAUUAUUUCACCCUCAUCUCAACAGACUUGUAAUACUUCUCAAACAGAUGUAAGAAUAUACUGACAUUUGUGUGAAUUAGGAAUUAGUGUGCCUUUUCAGUGGGGUUGACAGGAGGACCUUUUCUGCAAUAUGUUGAAAUUGAAAUAUUACAUUGUUAUUGGCAAUGUUUUGGGUAAAUGGGAUCUUAUAAAACAAUGAAUGUGCAAAUUUCAUUAUAUUUUACCUGUCGUGCUUACACUUUUUGUUACCUUCUGUUAUUUUCCGUCCAGAAUAAUAUAUUUAUACUUAGCAAACUUACACCAACUGCAAAAUAUAUUGUACAUACAUGGGCGGAUCCAGGAUCCCUCAACCCCCCAUUGGCUCUGCCAACGCAAAAAAAUCUUCAAUGUGGUCUUAAGUCAUUUUCAAAGGGGGUGGGGGGUGGGUUCGAACCCCCCCCUCUGGAUCCGCCAAUGACAUAAGAUUCUAUAGCUUGAGGUCAAUGAACCCAGAGGAAUGCUGUAAUAAAUGGUUCACCAAUUCAGAUAGUGUGUUGUCAUACAUCAGAGACCUUUGUGGCCUCAGUUUUUAUACAGUGUGAACUGGUGCAUAAUCAAAACCAUGUGGUAUAUUUUAAUUGUUUGGGAACAGUGUGAUAAGGGCAAAACUAUAUACCUUUGCAUUGUUUUCUUAGGCCAGACCAAUUUUAUUUCUUGUUUUACAGAUCCGCCGGUUGUAUUUUUGCAGGAAUAAGAAAAAAAAGAAAAGAAAUUAAUUUUCCCCACUCAAAAAAU